GCCCCUGCCGCGCGCCCACGGGCACGGCGGCGUCCACCACCGGUCCUCCUUGGUCGGGUGCUUCGGCGGCAGGUACCGCCACCUGCAAGGCUUCGCGUGACGACCGCACGCACUGCGCCGGCGUGGUGUGGACACGUACGCAGCAGAGUGCGAGCCAUGUACAAACUUAUAGUAUGUGCCGUGUGCCACAGUACCGGUGCACCGUGUGCGCACGGGCACGUGGUCCAGAGCGCGAGUACGGCAGGGGCCGUGCACACGCGACCGGGGAUCUUCCGCUGCACGUGGUAUGGUUAGGACAUUUUUUGUUGGCGACGAGAAUGUAUGACAUGGUGGCAUUAAGACUUGUACUGAGAAGGAAACGAAAAGUUGUUGAUUGAUCUGCCAAGCAGUCGUCGCCGGUCUAUCUGCGAGUCUCGCUGAUCACACCACCAACACCAAGACGCACGUUUGACUCGCGGUUGGCGCUCGCCAAUACACAAGCACCGGCCCAGCCUCUCAGACCGACCCAGCGCUUCUCACUGUCCCGCUCACGUAAUCGUGCUACCAUCGACAAAGAUACAGUGCCACCGCCCGCGACGUGCCGGCCGGCCUGAUCGGGUGACCAUGAGCAGCAGCGCGGCCUCGUCCUCCUCGUCUCCGCCGCUGACGCCGCCGUCUCCGCUGCCGGUCAGCGUCGGCCCGGGACGCCGGCCGUACGCAUUCACGCCGUCCCCGUCCGCGUCGCCGCCCUUCUCUCCGCGUGACUUCGACGCCUCGCCGUCGCCGUCCCCGCUGCUAGCACGGCGGGCGGUGCGGUCCGAGCCGCGGCUGCUGCACUACUCCGCCUUCUCCAUGGACGCCGCCGCGUCCGCUCGCCGGGAGCAGCCGCCGGGAAGGCGGUUCGAUCUCGGAGCAUGGUGUUUUGAGUGGGUGCUGCUGCUGGUGCGCUGCUGCUGCUGCUGCUCUUGGAGGCCGGCGUCCAGGCAGCAGCUCUCCUAGUCGAUGACGAGAUGCGACCGCGAUAUGUGCCAAGCUUGCUGUGACUGUUUAUUCACGAGUGUUGAGACUUUGCUUUGUCGUUGUUGCGUUUGCGUCACUGUCCGUCCAGGAAAUGUUACGGUAACGGUAAUCAUAACCAGUGAACAUUCGCCGGAACGGAUGGCAAAAUUACGGAAAA